AUGACUCUUGCUAAUGAAGAUAUGAGCAAUAUUUGGGAAUACCUCACGAGAAAUGAUCAAGACGUGAUUCCUGGAGUCUGUAACAAAAUGGAUAACUUUCAAAACUUGUCUGACUCAUGGCAGGCAUCUACGGAUGACCUCCUGGAGAAUAUUUUCUCCCUGGAACAAGGGUCAUUGGACUUUCUGGAGGAAUCUAUGCCAGAUUUCAACUUAUGUCCCAAUGUACCGCAGCCAGGAGGCCUAAGCAGUUCUAGCUCAGAUAGUGGUGUGUCCACUGACCAAACAGAAUUUGACUUUGAACAGCAGCUAUCGCCGUUCCUCAUACAGAACUCAUGCGACGAAGAGGUCAAUGCCCCUUCCCUGGAGCCGAUGAGCCCACGGAGCCAAGAUGUGGUCAUCAACAGCAACGACGCAUCCAACAGCUCUACGGAAUCAGAUACCUUUGAUAUGCUGGAUUUUGAACAGAAUGUUGUACCCGGAUUCAUAAACGACAAUACAUUCCAUAGCCAAGGCAAGUUAGAACGAAAACGUCGCCUCUCAAGUACGAGCCAGACUUCAGUGCAACCAAAAGUUCAGAAACCUACCAUAAAAAUUCCGGCCACAUCGGUGCAGAAGCCGCAGCUAGUUGUAAAAGCUCAACCACAGAAGCCCGUGAAGGUGGCCAAUAUUCAGGUCAUCAGUCCGCAGACUAAAGUGUAUUCCAAACCUGUCGAAUCCGUCGCUCCACAGAGACGAGUGAUCCGAGUGGCGCCUAUGGCCGGUGGCAACCCCAGAUCCAUUCUGUUGCCAGUGACAAUAAAGGAUAUGAAGGAUUUGAAGUCGAUAAAGAUAAUAAAUGCGGCCGAUUUGAAGAACGCUUCGAAUAUUAAAAUAGCUGCUGCAAACUUCCUAUCUCAAAGCAAGCUGCACGAUAUUAAGGAAUCUAGGAGUGAUUGCGAAUACGACAAUCUCAAUGGCGAUGACUCAGGCAGCGAGCGAAGCGACGAUGACUCUGAUCAAAGGGACGCGCACGUUAUCGACGGCAGAAACGGAUAUCCCCGUCUCGUUCUUACAUCCGAGGAGAGACGUCUGCUUGCAAAGGAGGGCAUCAGUCUGCCGACCAGCUAUCCUCUCACCAAGCACGAGGAGAGGGAACUAAAGCGAAUCAGGCGCAAGAUUAGGAAUAAGAUUUCGGCGCAGGAUUCUAGGAAACGCAAGAAGGAAUACGUGGACGGGCUCGAAGACAGGGUCAAACAAUGCACAGCUGAAAACCAGACUCUGAUGAAGAGGAUAAAACUAUUGCAGACUCAGAACCAGACCCUUACACAACAGCUGAAGCGGCUACAGAAUGUCCUAACCGGAGUAACGCCCUCUAGUGGUAAGGCACAGCCGGCGACCUGCUUGCUGGUGCUGCUGCUGUCUGUCGCCCUAGUAGCGUUACCCUCAAUGCGAGAGGAACCAGUAAGACGCACAGAUCGCGCGGCAGCGUCUCCGCCCAUUACCAGAGCGCUGUUAUCCGCUACUAAUAAAAUGGUUCUCGACGAGACGGUAAUAGACGAUGGCGAAUUCAACAUGGACGAGCUGAUCACCUUCAACCGAGCCCACUCCGACCACGACUACCAAGUAGUGAAGCACGCAGAACCAAAAGUACUCUCCGGGGGAUACAUGGAUCUACCGAUUGACGAGGACUGGCCGCCCAACAAGAAGCGCAUGAAAACCCACUUCGACUUCGAAGGCGGGAAGGACUAUCUCGCGCCCAUCGUCAAACACGAGAACUACGAAGUGCCUAAAGCCAACCCCAAAAUUGAAAACGACUUCGAUGCUAACUUUUUGACCAAUUCCAUACUGUCUACUGGCCGCAAAAUCGGAGAACUGUUAAAUUCCUUUCCGCUCAUCCCGGUCAAUAAUGAGGACAUUUUAGUUGAGGAGGUGGACUUCGAUUCUCGAAACAACACCGAGAUCAACAGCUUUGUCGUCAACGGGACCCUGAAUGAAAUAUAA